UUUGGCCACAUACGCGGCCAGCAAGCAAGCCGUGAGUAACCUCUUCCCUUUUUCCCCCCGAUCCCGUUCAUAUGGUGCGUUGACGUUUAAAAGUGGAGCUAUCAUGGCGGAGCUCGUACAGCAGCCCCCGGCCAAACGCCUCUGCUGUAGACCGGGAUACAGCGCGACAUGUCGGCUUGGCCAGCGGGCCGCGGGGGCUCCGUGCGGCGGCUCCGCUGCAGCGCAGGGCGCAUCGUGCGCAACCCAAAGCCCGGAGACUCUGCUGGACAUCUCGGCGCGGAGAGUGGCGGAGAAGUGGCCGUUUCAGCGGGUGGAGGAGUGCUUUGAGAGGAUCCCGGAGCCCGUGCAGAGGCGGAUAGUGUACUGGUCUUUCCCGAGGAGCGAGAGGGAGAUCUGCAUGUACUCCUCGUUUAAUAGCUCCAGCAGCAGCGGCGGUGGUGGUGUUGGCGGCAGCGCGGAGGAGUGCGCAGGUAGUAGCGGGGAGAGCGGCGACGAAACUCGGCUGCCGUUCCGACGGGGCAUCGGUCUCCUGGAGAGUGGCUGCGUGGAUAAUGUGCUGCAAGUCGGGUUUCACCUCAGCGGCACAGUAAGAGAACCGGCUACGGCCUCGGAGCCCGAGCUGGUCUGCAACGUGAGCGUCAGCUUCGACCGAUGUAAGAUCACAGCGGUGACGUGCAGCUGCGGCAACAAGGACAUCUUCUACUGCGCUCAUGUCGUGGCGCUCUCGCUGUACCGGGUACGGAAGCCCGAGCAGGUCAAACUGCGGCUGCCCAUCUCAGAGACGCUUUUCCAGAUGAACAGAGAUCAGCUGCAGAAGUUUGUUCAGUACCUGAUCACCGUCCAUCACACCGAGGUGCUGCCGACCGCACAGAAACUGGCCGAUGAAAUACUGUCGCAAAACUCUGAGAUCAACCAGGUGCACGGAGCUCCGGAUCCGACGGCGGGGGCGAGCGUGGACGACGAGAACUGCUGGCAUCUGGACGAGGAGCAGGUUCAGGAACAGGUCAAGCUCUUUCUCUCCCAGGGCGGGUACCAUGGCUCGGGGAAGCAGCUCAACUUACUGUUCAGCAAGGUGAGGGAGAUGCUGAAGAUGAGGGACUCGAACGGUGCUCGCAUGUUAACGCUGAUCACAGACCAGUUCAUGGGCGACCCCAGACUGGCGCUGUGGAGGCAACAAGGGACAACCAUGACUGACAAGUACAGGCAGCUGUGGGACGAACUAGGAGCCCUGUGGAUGUGCAUCGUGCUGAACCCUCACUGUAAACCCGAGCAGAAGAGUUUCUGGCUCCGACAGCUUCGCAGGUGGAACGGCGUGGACGUCUGCCCCUUGGAGGACGGUAACCAUGGCAGCGAGCUGACCAAUCUGACCAACGCUCUGCCCCAGGGCCCUCCUGGCAACCCAGAUUCACUGACUCGGCCUCACCGGACGGUUUUCACGCGAGCGAUCGAGGCCUGCGACCUGCACUGGCUGGACCCCCACCUGCAGCACAUCAUCACCGAGGACCACUACACCAACUACUGUUACCAUGACAACCUCGACAGCUCCCUCUUCGACCCCCGGGGUUGGCCGCUGUGGCACGAGCAUGUCCCGACGGCGUGCGCACGAGUGGACGCGCUCAGAUCGCACGGUUACCCCAAGGAGGCGCUCAGGCUCGCCAUCGCAAUAGUCAACACGCUGCGGAGGCAACAGCAGAAGCAGCUGGAGUUCUUCCGCACGCACAAAAAAGAGCUGCUCCAUAAAGGCGUCACCUCAAUUACCAACAUGGAGGGCUGGGUGGGUCACCCUCUGGAUCCCAUCGGCACCCUGUUCAGCACCCUGAUGGAGACGGGGCGAAGCAUCGAUGACGGAGCCGCGGUGCUGCUCGACUUCUCAGGCUCGCUGGGUUCAGGUAGAAGGUCGGAGCACGGCGUUUGCCCGGCGCAGCGCUUCCUGGAAGAAGGCGAGUCGUUCAUGUCGCUGGCCAUAGAGACGUCUCUGAUUGGCUUAGGGCAGCAGAGAGUGAUGCCAGACGGACUCUACGCCCAGGAGAAAGUGUGCCGCAACGAAGAGCAGCUACUGGCCAGGCUGCAGGAAGUGGAGUUAAGCGACAUGUUGGUGAAGAUCUUCCGCAAGCAAGCUGUUUUCCUGCUCGAGGCUGGUCCUUACAGUGGUCUGGGGGAGUUAAUCUACAGAGAAAGCGUCCCCAUGCACACUUUUGCCAAGUAUCUCUUCACCUCCCUGCUACCUCAUGACGCCGAACUGGCGUAUAAAAUUGCACUGAGGGCCAUGAGCCCUAGUGACGCUCGUAAACUAGAAAUAGUGUUAGAGUCCAUCCAGAAGAACAUCCACUCCUCAUCUCAUAUCUUCAAACUGGCCCAGGAUGCCUUCAAAAUCGCCACUCUAAUGGACAGUCUGCUGGACAUCACACUGCUCAAAGUCUCCCUGGAGCUGGGCCUUCAGGUGAUGAGAAUGACUCUGUACCUAAACUGGCGGAGAAGAGAGAUGGUGCGAUGGUUGGUCACGUGUGCCACAGAAGUUGGUGUGUUCGCGUUGGACAGCAUCAUGCAGAGCUGGUUCACCCUCUUCUCUCCCACCGAAGCCACCAGCGUCGUGGCCAGCACCGUCAUGUCCAACAGCACCAUCGUCCGCCUGCACCUGGACUGCCACCAGCAGGAGAACCUGGCCAACUCCGCCCGCACCCUGGCCCUGCAGUGCGCCAUGAAGGACCCCCAGAACUGCGCCCUAUCGGCUCUGACGCUCUGCGAGAAGGACCACAUUGCCUUCGAGACAGCCUAUCAGAUUGUACUGGACGCGGCCGCCACGGGAAUGAACUACACACAGCUGUUUACAAUAGCGCGCUACAUGGAGCACCGCGGUUACCCCAUGAGGGCGUACAAGCUAGCGACGUUAGCCAUGACUCACCUGAACCUCAGCUACAACCAAGACACGCACCCGGCCAUCAACGAUGUCCUGUGGGCGUGCGCUCUCAGCCACUCGCUGGGGAAAAACGAACUAGCGGCCGUCAUCCCCCUAGUGGUGAAAAGCGUGAAGUGCGCCACCGUGUUGUCGGACAUUUUGCGGCGGUGCACGCUAACGACGCCGGGGAUGGUGGCGCUGCACAGUCGCAGGAACUCUGGGAAGCUAAUGUCUCUGGAUAAGGCUCCACUCAGGCAGCUACUGGACGCCACGAUCGGGGCUUACAUCAACACGACGCACUCGCGGCUGACGCACAUCAGCCCGCGCCACUACAGCGAGUUCAUCGAGUUCCUCAGCAAAGCCAGAGAGACGUUUCUGAUGGCACACGACGGACACAUCCAGUUCACGCAGUUCAUAGACAACCUGAAACAGAUUUACAAGGGCAAAAAGAAACUCAUGAUGCUCGUUCGAGAGAGAUUUGGUUGA